AAUGACCAUUUGCUCCAAUACUGAGGCAUAGAAGUUCCCUGGGGAGGGGGUGGGGUUUAGAAAAGAGAGAUCAGGAGAAAGUCACUCUUCCUGACACAGGUCUUUCUGAGGCAUCUGCUUUUUUUUUAAGCUCUGAAUUCUAGUUAUCCUGGCUCAGGAUAAAAAUAAUCCCACCACUAGUAUCCUCCCUUUUUCUACUUCCGAGGCUGCAAAGUGCAACAGCAGGCUCCCUGACUCAGGAGGGCGGGUGUUCCUGCCCACUUCCUGUUCCUCCAUCUCCAGCAGACACUGCUGUUUCAAGGCAGGUCUCCAGCCCAGCUCUCCGAUCACGUUUUGCUGAAAAUAUAAGCAAACAUCGGCCUUGUCCUCCAUGUUGUUCAUACACCAUGGAAGCUUUCGUCUGCCUCCUCCGUGAGAGUGCAUGGCUGACAGACAAGAAACGUGGCCCUUUCUCUUCCCUGUUAGCUGGUGCAGAGAUGGAGGAAGAUGAAUGUAAACAAAUUCCCCAGGAGAAUCCCCGAGAAGAGCUGUCCCAGGAUCCCGUGCUGGAGCUGUCAGGAGGUAAAGCGAAUGAGGAGAGAGGAGCAGGUCUAAGGGAGAAAGAACAGAAGAUCCCAAGGAGACUGAGGCUCAUUCUCGUGGGGAAAACAGGAAGUGGGAAAAGUGCAACAGGAAACAGCAUCCUUGGCAGGAAUGUCUUUGAGUCUAAACUCAGCACCAGACCCGUGACCAAGACCUCCCAGAGAGGGAGCCGAGAGUGGGCUGGGAAGGAGCUUGAGGUGAUUGACACACCUGACAUUUUGUCCUCCCAGGUCCUGCCGGAGGCAGCAGCCGCUAUCCGCCAAGCCAUCAUCUUAUCCUCCCCAGGGCCCCAUGCUGUGCUCCUGGUGACACAGCUGGGCCGGUUCACAGAUGAGGAUCAGCAGGUGGUCAGACGCCUGCAGGAGGUCUUUGGAGUGGGGGUUCUGGGUCACACCAUCCUGGUGUUCACCCGGAAGGAAGACCUGGCCGGUGGCUCCCUGGAAGACUAUGUGCGAGAGACUGACAACCAGGCCCUCGCCCAGCUGGAUGUGACCGUUGCACGGCGCCAUUGCAGCUUCAACAACAGGGCACAGGGAGAGGAGCAGGAGGCCCAACUGCAAGAGCUUAUGGAGAAUGUCAAAGCCAUCUUGUGGGAAAACGAAGGCCACUAUUACAGCAACAAGGCUUACCAAUAUACCCAGCAAAACUUGUCACUCAAAGAACUACAGGAAAGGAAAGUAACACAGGAUCAGGGCUCUGAGGACGUGCCUGGUGAGGAGUCAUGGAUGGAAGGACUGUCCCAGAUCCAGAAGGAAUCUGAGGAAGCCCACAGACGCCUGCUGGGGAGGGCUGACCUUUGAGCCUGUGCUGGACUUGAGCCAAGGACACCAUCAGCCCUUGCACCCCUGUGUCCAGUCCUCUGUUUCUCUUUCCAUCUCAUGGAGUGCUUCCCAGUCUCCAGGUCAUGAUGUCUGGUGUAGGAAGAGAGGCAUGGGGCUGGAGGACAGGGUCCAGUGUGCCCAGAUCACAUCCCAGUUUCUUCAUUCCUUCUUCCAGAACAUCUGGGUCCUCCCUCCUCUGUGCACCAACAGCAUGCUGUCUUCCUAUUGGACCUUCUAUCUCAUUGGCAUUGCCUUUCAUGGGUUACUUGCCUAUACUCUGAUAGAACCAAAGUUUCUUGAGGGCAGGCCUGUAUCUUUUACUUCUGUGUAACUUCCACAGCUUUUGACUGCACUGGAGUCGUGCAGUCACACUUGGUGCAGCAGCUCUGUGCGAGCUGUUGACCAGAUGACUUCUCAUCUCUCCCCACACCAUGAUGGUUUAAGGUGCCUGUUGUGUCUGGUGGCUGGAACAUGGCAGUGGUGCUGAGACAUGGGGAGGGUUGGAGACUGGGCUGAGAGGAGAGCAAGGAGGAACAGGGAUGGAGGCAGGAGGAGCAGCCCUUUUGUUCACUCUUGAACUGUAACAAACAAGCCCCAUUGGAACUUCCUAGUGGGAAUGAUGGGAGAAGUUGGGGGCGGGGUAUCCAAGAAGCGAGGCUGUGGUCAAGAAGGUGGUUCCUUGUCGUGGCUGCAGAACAUGGAAGCCCCUAGAGGUGCAGGCGGACUUGGGCAGAGGAGGUCACACCACCCCAUCAAGGUAGACUUCUAUUAGAGACGACUUGCAUCUGUUACUUCCCCUUUUCCCCUGGGUUUCAUGGCCACUCAUGAUAUUUGCCUUCUCCUCCUAGAAGGCACAGACUACUUUCAACCUGCCUCACCCUUCACUGCCACCCCUCCCUUCUCCCUUGAUAACGGGAGCAUGUGGAUGGGGUGUCUGCAUGUGCAAACGGGUUCCCUAGCAAGGUAUUUGUGGGGGUCGAAUGCAAGGAGGCAGGCAAGAAAGGGGACCUGCAAAGGAAGCAGUGGAGUGACUUAAACAUCUUGCAAGGCAGCCUACCUGGUCUAUGGGAGAACUCUGAAGUCCGUGAUGUUUUCCUGGAAGGCUGUUGCUACAGCUGGGGCUUAUAAGAAGUGAUACUGGACAGGAUGAGAAGGGAGUAGGAUAUCAGCCUGACUCAGGCCUCAGGCAGGAAGCCGCCUGCCUGCAAGACGAGACUGAGGUACCUCGGGUGCACCCCAACUUCUUUGAGGUCCAAGAUGUUCCUGGGGAGUUGACCAACAUUUGGGAAGAUAAUAGGGGGCAAUGGGGAAACUGCUCCCCAAUAUAUUCCUCUUUUCCUUUCUUCAAGCUGCCUGGCAGGGGGUCUUUAGCUACUUUCUCCUGAGAGGGGUGGGAAGUACAGCUUGUGGGGACAGUGCUGGGAGAUGAUCAGAAAUCACAGGGCACAGCCUCAGGUCUACCUGGACACUUGUCCGCUGUUGGAGGUUCUCAACAGCCAGACACCCAACCUGUGGCCUCCUGCUCUGAAGCCACCCCCCAGCUUCCCUAGAACACAGCAGACAUCUGAGAAAGCUUCAGCAGUUCUCUUGCUAACAGAUUCAGAAAAGUGUCUCAAAGCAGAGCACAGAGUUAUUUGGUGUAUGCUGAAGAUGGCCUUUGUGCCACAAUCAUUUAGUAAGUAAGCAAUCAAUUUCCCAUUGAACUGAAAAUGCAAUGUUUAUCAUACAUUCAAUUCUCAUUCACACUCCUUAAGAUUUGUGUCAGAAUCUUUAUUUCUGUUCAUGUGUUCUACUUUUCUACUCCUGUAUGAAUAAAAUAUUGAUUUGAUUACAGUGGCUUUGACUAUAAUGUGGGAGCCAAUUUUUGCCUCAGUCUUAAUUUUCAUAUUUACCUUGCGAUUCUCAGGCAUUUUUUUCUUCUAUGUGAAAGUUAAAAUCAUUGUGUAAUUUCUUCCCCUAAAAAAAUCUUACUGGUAUUCUAGUUGGCAAUGUCUUACAUUUAUGUUAAGUUUGAGGGAACUGGUAAAUAGUUCAAGUAUAAGUUAGUGAAGACCAUUUUCUUUCUAAGUGAACAGACUUAAAACUCCAGAGCGACUGAAGUAAAAGUUAGAAUCAUUUGCAUUUUCAUUCAGAUAGGAAGUAAUUUUGUAAAUUUUGACACUAUUAUUUUAACUCUAUUAACUUAAGUAAUGUCAUAGGAGAAAACACAAGCAUUUGACCAAAUGAGAUCCAUUCAGCAACUAACUGGCAAGGCACUCAAAACAUGUCAUUCAUUAAAGGUUGUUUUUAAUUACCUCAAA